UCGCUCUCUUACACUCAUUUUUUAUUUAAUUCAGUUCUUGUAAUAUAUAGAGUCAUGGUUUCUGUGGAUCUAAUUCGGACUGUCGUUGGAAUCGCUGGCAACGUUAUCGCAUUAGGCCUCUUCUUAUCCCCAUUGCCAAUAUUUAUCAGGAUAUGGAAGAAUAAAUCUGUGGAGGAAUUCUCAGUUAUACCAUAUGCAGCCACACUUCUAAAUUGCAUGCUAUGGAUGGUCUUUGGGUUACCCCUUGUGCACCCAAAUAGCACGCUUGUUCUUUCCAUCAAUAGUGUUGGAACCUUAAUUGAAGUUUGUUAUGUCAUCCUCUACCUUGUAUUCUCUACUGGGACAAAGCGGACUAAGGCAUUAUUGCUCUUCCUUGGAGACUUGACCUUUGUUGCCAUCGUAGUUGUCGUGGUUCUGACAUGCUUCCACACACAUGAUCGCCGCUCCCUCAUCGUUGGUAUCCUAUGUGUCAUUUUUUGCAUCAUGAUGUAUCUCGCACCGCUCUCUGUUAUGAAAAUGGUGAUACAAACAAAGAGUGUGGAAUACAUGCCACUCUCCAUAUCUGUUGCAUCAUUCUUUAAUGGACUUUGCUGGACUACCUAUGCCCUCAUUCGCUUUGAUAUUUAUAUUACGAUUCCGAAUAGUUUGGGCCUGCUGUUUUCCAUAACCCAGUUACUGUUGCAUGCCAUAUACUACAAAUCAACCAAAAGACAAAUUGCAGAAAAAAAGAUGAAAGGAGAAGUUGGUCUCGCGGAAGUGGUUGUCAAUGACAACGCGAUGCCGCCUUCGGUAGAAGCCUCUCAUAAAGUUGCAGCAAAUGAUAGUGAAUGAACAUAAGAAAAAAAGAAAGUAAAUAUAAAAAAAAAUUAUG